UGCUCUACUUCAAGAAUAGUUACUCUCAGGGAUUCUGUAUGCCUCUUCUCUUCAUUAGCCUUCUUCCAAGAUCAUCUUCAUGUAAUAGUAGAGACUAUAGAUCUUCUGAAUCCGGGAUAUUUCUGGAGGAGGAUCCAGGGGGAGAGGAGUACAGGGAGUAUUCAGAUUAUUAUAGUUACUACGUAGAUCAAGAUCAACAUUAUCAACAAUAUGAUCAGAACCUAGGAGAGAAUAAUUACCUAGAAGAAGAGAAACUUUCAUAUUCUCUUUACAAACACUGUAAACCCUGUGAUACUGCGGAGUUAAAAUCCUCAACAGACGGACCUCCCUGCUGUCCUCUUCCUGCUGGUAGGUAUCAUUCUCCUUCCUUCUCUCUUCAUAACUAUACAAACUGUGGUCGGCAGUCCAUCAGCAGGAUUAUUGGCGGACAUGAAGCGGUAGAAAAUGAAAUACCAUGGAUGUGUGCUAUUCUUAGAUCUGAUAAUCGUUGGAGGGGUUGCGGAGCCGCUCUUCUUAACUGUAAUCCCGUAGUUCUUGUUACAGCAGCACAUUGUGUACAGGGUAUAGAUGAUCCAUCAAGUAUUAGAAUUGCAUGUGGAGCACACAAUAUGCUGUUAAAGGAACCCUCACCGCUAGACAGGAAUGAGGUUCGAAUGGAUGUUUCUGAGAUAAUUAUUCAUCCUGAAUACAGAGAUCCAGCAUACUCAUUCGACCAAGAAGGACCUAAACUAUUCAGAUAUUUAAAUGAUAUUGCUGUGAUUAAAGUGAAGAAUAAACUUCCCUGCUCUAGUGGAGUUAUCUAUCCUGUUUGUGUUCCACAUGUCGGAGAUGUUCAUACAGACAGCACAGGUCUCCUCUCAGGCUGGGGGAGAACAAAAUGGCCGAACGGCAUGGUGUCGCAGGUUCUAAAAAAAAUCCGACUGCCAGUAGUGAGCAGAGAAGUUUGCUCUCAGGUUUGCAGUGUAGGAUUAAAUAUCCUAGUACGGGUUGCAGUACAGACAUGUCAUCUAGCAGAUACUCAGAUAUGUGCAGGAGGAAACCAGGGAGAGGGGGCUUGUCAGGGUGAUAGUGGAAGUGCACUGGUUGCCAGGUAUUCGGAUGAUGAACCUUGGACUAUCGUUGGAAUCACCAGCUGGAGUAGAGGGUGUGCUCUGGGUGGAUUUCCUACAGUAUUUACCCGAGUAUCCGAAUACAUACCUUGGAUAUCAGAGCAGUACAAUCUGGAGUACACUAGUAUUUAAGUAAAAUAUAUGCUAGAAAAGUACAUA